AUGAAGAACAUUCAACUUUGGGCUGUUGCCCAAUUACUUCUUGGCGGCGCCGCCUUUGAGCUGGACAAAAGGGCCGACUGCCCUACGAUGGCGACGACGACUGUAUACAAGCCAAUCACAUUUUAUGUAACGGUACCUGUGCCGAAAUCCGCAGCGGGCGAACCCAAUCCAAGCCAUGAGUAUACGGAGAAGUACAGCCAAGCCUCAAGUUCUACGAAAUGUGGAGGUUCCAAGACGGCUACCACCCAAGUAUCAUCAAGUUCUCCGGACACUACAGCUGCCGCACCUGUUGCGCCCAGCAAUACGCAAGCAACUUCGUUUAACCCCACGAUUGCCAAUCCAACAGGUGAAGUUGCCACAUCUGUCGCGGUCACAAGUCAAGCGGCUACAAGUGCAGUGACUAGUCAAGCUGCUACGAGUGCGGUAACAAGCGAUGCCCCGUUUCCAUCAGGGGGUGGCACCAUUGUCAAACCUCCGGGUCCAUUCAGUGGCUAUAAGAAUGCGGUAUACUUCACAAACUGGGGUAUCUAUGGCUCCAACUACCAGCCGCAGGAGCUGCCCGUCUCAGAGCUGACGCACGUGCUGUACGCCUUCGCGGACAUCGGCUCGGACGGGACGGUCCACACCUCGGACUCGUACGCCGACAUCGAGAAGCACUAUGCAACUGAUUCGUGGCAAGACACGGGCCACAACGCUUACGGGGUGAUCAAGCAGCUGUUCCUGCACAAGAAGAACAACCGUAACCUCAAGAUGCUGCUGUCCAUCGGCGGGUGGACCUACUCGCCCAAGUUCGUGCCCGUCGCUGCCACCGAGCAGGGGCGCGCCACCUUCGCCAGCUCUGCCGUGCGUCUCAUGGUCGACUACGGCUUCGAUGGCAUCGACCUGGACUGGGAAUACCCGACCAAUGCCGAGGAGGCCCAGAAUUUUGUCCUGCUGCUGCAAGCGUGCCGCAAGGCCCUCGACGACUAUUCGUACCAGCACCAACUGGACUACAAAUUCCUGAUCACAGUCGCCAGCCCUGCAGGCCCCACCAACUACAACAGAAUGGAUCUGAUUGGGAUGGACAAGUACGUGGAUGCUUGGCACCUGAUGGCAUACGACUAUGCCGGCUCUUGGGACCCCACAACCGGGCAUCAGUCGAAUCUCUUUAAGAACACCGCCGUGCCGGACUCAACCAAGUUCAGCACCGAGGACGCGGUGCAGUACUACGAGUCCAAGGGCAUCUCAUCCCAGAAGAUCAUCCUGGGCUUGCCGCUGUACGGGCGGUCGUUCGAGGCGACGACAGGGCUGGGCACGACGUACAGCGGCGUGGGCUCGGGCGGGCCGCAGCCCGGGGUAUGGCUGUACAAGUCGCUGCCGCGGCCGGGGGCGGUGGAGAACUGGGACGACGUGGCGAAGGCCAGCUGGAGCUACGACGCGAGCCGCCAGGAGCUGGUCAGCUACGACACGGUGCGCAGCGCCCGCAUCAAGGCCGACUACGUGCUGAGCCGGCGGCUGGGCGGCGCCUUCUUCUGGGAGGCCAGCGGCGACCGCGCCGGCGAGGAGAGCCUGAUCAACUCGGUCAGCAAGAGCCUGCGAUGGCUGGACCAGACGCCUAACAACCUCCGCUAUCCCACCAGCCAGUACGACAACAUCCGCCAGGGCAUGCCUGGCCACUGA